GAAACCACGCGGACUCUUUCCCGGGGCUCCUCGCCCCGCCCCAGUUCUCCGCCCCCUCCUCUUUGCUGGGGAGCCGGUGCUAGCCCGCGGCGGGGAGGAGGCUCUGGCAGCCUGGGCCAGAAGGUGGCAGGGGGCCGCGGAGCCGCUGGCUACCAACUCGUCCUGCCAUGUGACGCCGCCCUCCGCCCAGCGACCCCCCGCGCCCCAGGCCCGCGCCCGCGCUCUGUCGCGCCGCGCACCAUGCUCCUGCCGGGACACGCGCGCCCACCGCCAGCGCCCCAGCCAGCACAGCAUCCCGGCCUCCGCAGGCAGGCAGAGCCUCCCGGGCAGCUCCUGCGCCUCUUCUACUGCACCGUCCUGGUGUGCUCCAAAGAGAUCGCAGCGCUCACGGACUUCUCCGGUUACCUAACCAAACUCCUACAAAACCACACCGCCUAUGCCUGUGAUGGGGACCAUCUGGAUCUGCAGUGCCCUCGGCAUUCGACGAUAAGUGUCCAAUCGGCAUUUUAUGGGCAAGAUUACCAAACGUGUAGCGCGCAGCCGCCUGCCUCUCAGCGAGAAGACAGCUUAACCUGUGUGGCGCCCACCACACUGCAGAAGGUGCUGGACGAAUGCCAGAACCAGCGGACCUGCCACCUCCUGGUCAAUAGCCGUGUUUUUGGACCUGACCUUUGUCCAGGAAGCAGUAAAUACCUCCUGGUCUCCUUUAAAUGCCAACCUAAUGAAUUAAAAAACAAAACAGUGUGUGAAGACCACGAGCUGAAACUUCACUGCCACGAAUCCAAGUUUCUCAACAUCUACUCAGCGACCUAUGGCAGGAAGACCCAGGAGAGGGACGUCUGCUCCUUGGAAGCCACGUGGCUCCCCCCCUUUGAUUGCUUGUCUUACUCGGCUUUGCAAGUAUUAUCCAGGAGGUGUUAUGGGAAGCAGAGAUGCAAAAUUCUCGUCAACAAUCACCAUUUCGGAAGCCCCUGUCUUCCAGGAGUGAAGAAAUACCUCACUGUCACCUACGCAUGUGUUCCCAAGAAUAUACUCUCAGCGAUCGAUCCGGCCGUUGCUAAUCUAAAACCUUCUGUGAAACAGAAAGACGGUGACUAUGGUAUAAACUUUGACCCAAGGAAACCAAGAGUUCUGAGGAAAGAUGGAGUUAUUGUCAGCCACUCCCUGGCAGCAUUUGCUUACCUUCGAGCCCACCCUGAAAGAGCUGCCCUGCUGUUCGUGUCCAGUGUUUGCAUCGGUCUUGCACUCACACUGUGUGCCUUGGUCAUCAGAGUGUCCUGCACCAAGGACUUCCGGGAGCUGCAGCUGGCGAGGGAGCACCUGGUGCCAGGAAGCGACAAAGCCGAGGAGGACAGCCAGGAUGAGGAGGGGGAGGAGGACUCCUCUGACUCCGACUUUCCAGGGGAACUGUCGGGGUUUCGUAGGACUACAUAUCCUGUCUACAGUUCCAUAGAGGCUGCAGAGCUGGCAGAAAGGAUUGAGCGCAGGGAGCAAAUCAUCCAGGAAAUAUGGAUGAACAGUGGUUUGGACACUUCACUCCCAAGAAACAUGGGCCAGUUCUACUGAAAACCAGAUGCGUCUUGAUAUGAUCACACUUUCUGAAGAGGGAAGGGUUGAAAAUGCCCCUCCAGUUCUGUUUCACUCGUACCUUCUAUGAAGGAGAAUUUGUCAUGUCAUCCAAUACUGGGCAAGUCAGAAAGCUUUUAAAGGGACAUUUCAAACUGUUUACAGCACAUUUCAAAAUAAAUAUGGAGGGAA